CCAAGUCUGUACUUCCCUUACCAGCGGGCAAACAGAAUUUGGGAAGGAGGGGAUUAUCAACCCAGAGGCCCCACCCUGCCUCUACACCCUGUCCAGUUCCCAGGGGAGGGGCCAGGCACUAACACUUUGAGAGGCCCAAGUGACGCAAAGCAGGCUGGAGAGGGGAAGCCUGAUAUGCAAGGGGCACCGGAAAGGGUAAGGGCCAGAGGUCACUCAGGGACCAUUCUCAGUAGGGAUACAAUAGUGUUUUACAGAACUGUCAAAGGCCAUUAGGAAGGACACAUCCAGCGGUCGUACAGAGAAUUGGGGUCAAAUAUGGAAGUACCAGAGGCGACCCCAAGACAAAGCAGUGGAGAGUGGCCCUUGGUAGUCCCACCAGUCUGAGUCCAUGAGCUGAAUCUACCACACUGAACUCAGGGCCAGGAAGGGGAACAUAGGCGGCUGACACAGCGGAUGUGGGUUGAGAGCUGCCUUCACACAUCAGGCAGGAAGGGGGCAAGGGAGGGUGCAGGGACUGUCCCGGAGGAGGGAGGCAACAGGGAUGAGGCCUCUUCAGCCAUUAGCCUCCUCAGACUUCUCUCCCACCAGUUAGAUUCUUCCUUCCUGGGGAGUAUCCUGGCAGCAUCCAGAGCUGAAAAUGCACUCAAGAAGGGUCCAGGUCCCCAACUACUGACUUUCUAACACCCCUUCAAGUCAGAGAGCAGUGUGCCCCACAGGAACUACCAAGAGGCCCAGGCGCAGCGCUGGGAUGGCUCUCCACAGUACUCAGGACGCUGAAGGAACUGCCUGAGACCAGUACAAGGCGGCUUGGGGCCGAUGCCACGCAAACAGCCUACAACAGGAGGCCGAAUCCUGUUUUUCCUCAGGAGCUGUGGGCGUCUGUGCCAGCCUGUCUUUGGCAAGUGUGGAGCAAUGGAGGAACGGCUGGAUGAACAGGGAGCAUGCCCCAGUCCCACAGCAGCCCCUGACUGCUAACGGAGCCUUGUGUGGAGUGAGGGCAGGAAAGGGUGUGACAGCUGCCCUGAAGAUGGACCGUCACAACAUGUCCUGGAUCCGCUACCCUAGCCAUGUGUCCCCAGCUGUGGAGGAUGUCAUUGCAGCACAGAGCAUCAUUUCUAGGUGCACGCAUGUGUAUGUAGCGGUGUGUGUCCCGCUGAGCCUGGUAACAGGGCUCUUCUGUCUAAGCGUGUUCAUCCGGGAACGUACUAGGCUGGGGGUGCUGGACAGGCUCCUUGCAGGCCUCACAGUCACUAGCAUCUUGGUGACUCUACUGUCCCUCAAUGCUGCUGGCCGGCCUGACUACAUGGCCACGACAAACCUGGGCUGUGGGAUACUCUCAUUCUUCUCCAAUGUCUGCUACUUUACAGUUCAGUACCUGCAGGGGGCCAUGCUUGUCCAGGUUCUUCUGCCGGGAUCUUCAGGCCGCCAGCUCUUGGUGAGGCCUGUGGCCAGUCUAGUUGCCAUCGGAGCCUGUGCUGUGUGUAGCUCACUUAUCCUGGUGUCCCUACUGGGCACAUCUGGGGAGUUGCACGCAACCACUGUGUGCCAGGUGGAUCCACUGACGGCAUGGCCCGAAUAUGAGAUCGUCAAGUUCAGCCUGGGCUUCGCGCUUGCCAUGAGCUUUCAGAUGGUUCUCCUUCUCCUGCAUGCUACAUACCCAGCCUGGCGGGUGGCUCCUGCUCCGAGGGACCCAGCCUCUGGGCACUGGGCGGUACUGGCCGUGACUCUCAACAUGUUUGCCUGUAGACUCUUCUUCAAUGUGGUCCUCCUGCAUCGGGCCCAGCUGAAGCUUCGGAAGGAUGUGGGCUCCCCCAAGGAUGAGCUGCUCAUGAACCUCGCAGAGCUGGCCCUCUCUGGAGAGAGUUGUAUCAACUUGGUGGUCACCCUCGUCCUUCACACAGGGUGCAGGCUCAGGUUGCUGGGUCUCCUUGAACGCCUGACACAGAGAUGCAGGCGGGCACCGGACCACAGCAUGCCCUUGGAUAGAGUAGGGGGCUAGACAGGGCCUGUCUACAGGCACAAGCCACACCCCGUCCUGGUGUUCAGGAAGAGUGCUUUUCCGGGGAGCUUGGGCAGGGUUCACGUGUUCUGGGUGGUGCUUAACAAACAGAAGCUUGCUGCGGUCACCUCAACCUACGCAAACAAGACAGCUUCUCUUCCCAGAUCAACAGGUGCGCCUUGAGAACAUUCAGGUCAAAGACAUAACGGCAUGGGUGCAGGGGCCGAUCGGAGACCAUGGGUUUGCUGGAGGGUGUCCAGACUAUAAUGGCCACCUUGCCCGACGGCUGCCAUCCUCCAUUCCAUGGCUCAGUCUGACGACACAGGAAGAGCACCGUAGAAAUAAGCACAGUAGUUACCUAAGGUUUUUGUUUCUUUCUUUUUAAAAAUAAUUUACUUUUA